UUGCCGUACAGAGCACAAAAUAAACUGAUGUUUCCCCUCUGCAAGACUUGUGCUGAAUUAAUGUAUCAAGGCAUUUGCCAGCACUCAGAUGAUGAGAGAGCCAUCAUUGGCACAUGGGUGACUGAAGAAGUCAAAUUAGCAGUGAAAAAAGGUUACUGUAUAACAAAGAUUUAUGAAGUGUACCAUUUUUCUCAAUUUACGGAUACUCUAUUUCAAUCUUAUAUCAACUUGUUUUUAAAAAUAAAACAAGAAAGCAGCGGCUGGCCAGCCGAUUGUGUAAGCUCGACCGAACGAAAACGCUACAUUGAAGCCUAUUUUGAGCGAGAGGGUGUGCAGCUUGAUGAAUUUAAUAUUAAGAAGAAUCCUGGAAGACGGCAAGUAGCCAAAUUGGCUUUGAACAGCUUCUGGGGGCGAUGGGGAAUGAACCUGAACAAGAUACGUUUGACUUAUGUUCAUACAUUACCUGAUUUCAAUAAAUUAUUAGCAGAUCCAACAAAAAAUAUCAAAGACUUAUAUUUUCCGACUCCUGAAGUAGCUGCUGUGCAAUGGGACUAUAAACAUUAUUUUGUUCCACAGGACACAUCCACAAAUGUGUUCUUGGCAGCUUUUACUACUGCAUGGGCACGGUUAAAGCUUUACAGUGAAAUGGAGAAGUUGGGCCGUGCUGUGUUGUAUCAUGACACGGAUUCAAUUAUAUACGCAAGCGAUUUUACCAACGAUCCGCCUCUUGGUAAUUUUUUGGGGGAUUUUACAGAUGAACUCAAUGGAGAUACUAUUACUACAUUUGUCUCUGGAGGCCCUAAAAAUUACGCUUAUGUAACAGCCCGAGGAAUGACUUGCUGUAAAGUUCGAGGUUUCUCCCUCAACUUCAAAAAUCAACAGAUUUUAAAUUUUUUGGAGAUUAAGAAUUUAGUGUGCUCGAUGGAUCGAAAAACAACAAUCGCCAUGUACGAUGAACAUAAAAUCAUGAGAGAUGCCAAAAAGAGGAAAGUUUUAACUAAGGCAGAAACAAAACUGUACAAAAUUGUUUACAACAAAAGAGUCCUAAAAGAAGAUCUAACUACUGUUCCCUAUGGAUUUUAAGUGCCUUUUCUUAAACGAGAGGAGUAUAUAAAGCUUCACACAUUUCUGAAGAUCAUCAGUACCCCACAAAAUGGAGUGGCCUGUGUUGAAACACCCUUCCACAUCUCUCAUCAGCGGUCCGACAGGAUCCGGUAAGACAUA